AUGGGCAUCCAGGGCAUGGAGCUGUGCGCCAUGGCGGUGGUGGUGCUGCUGUUCAUCGCCGUCCUCAAGCAGUUCGGGAUCCUGGAGCCCAUGUCCGCCGAAGACAGCAGCGACAGCGAGCUAGAACUGUCCACCGUGCGCCACCAGCCCGAGGCCCUGGAGCAGCUGCAGGCGCAGACCAAGUUCACCAAGAAGGAGCUGCAGUCUCUCUACCGGGGCUUCAAGAACGAGUGCCCCACAGGCCUGGUGGAUGAGGACACCUUCAAGCUCAUUUACUCACAGUUCUUCCCGCAGGGAGAUGCCACCACGUACGCGCACUUCCUCUUCAACGCCUUCGACGCCGACGGGAACGGGGCCAUCCACUUCGAGGACUUCGUGGUCGGGCUGUCCGUCCUGCUCCGGGGCACCGUCCGGGAGAAGCUCAAGUGGGCCUUCAACCUCUACGACAUUAACAAGGACGGCUACGUCACCAAGGAGGAGAUGCUGGCCAUCAUGAAGUCCAUCUACGACAUGAUGGGCCGCCACACGUACCCCAUCCUGCGGGAGGACGCCCCCCUGGAGCACGUGGAGAGGUUCUUCCAGAAAAUGGACCGGAACCAGGACGGGGUUGUGACCAUCGAGGAGUUUCUGGAGACCUGUCAGAAGGACGAGAACAUCAUGAGCUCCAUGCAGCUGUUCGAGAACGUCAUCUAGGGCGCGGGC